AUGUCGAAAAUCCUCGACGACCUGCUGAGUAAAGCUUCAAUAGCUUCACAACACAUCAAUGCCUAUACAGGAACAGAUUACUCCGGGAUUGAAACCCUACGACGCGGGAUCACAACUCAAGAACAGAAAGUGAGAGAUUAUCACCUUGCUGUGGAUGAGGCAAAAGCCAAUCACCAGGAAGCAGAUGCAAAGCAGAAGAGUGCCCAGCGCGAGAUAGUGGGGCUACUGGAGAGAAAAUCAUCGUGGUCACCGGCGGACUUGGAACGGUACAUGAGCUUGGUCCGCUCAGAGCACUUGAAUGAGCAAGAUGUUCAAGCUGCAAAAGACAAUAUGAAAGACGCGGAGCGAAAUCUCGAAGAUGCAAGAGCGUUGCUGGAGAAGCUAGAGAGAAAGCAAUAUCACGAAGAGCAGAUCUGGAGUGACACGAUUCGAAGGAACAGUACCUGGGUAACAUUUGGUCUUAUGGGAGUGAAUAUCGUGCUCCUGCUGGCCCAGAUAUUGAUCUUUGAGCCUUAUCGAAGGAAGAAGAUCGUCAGAGAUGUGAAGAGCGCUCUGGACGAGAAGACUCUAUCUCCCGCUCCGGCCACAGCCACGGCUGCGGUUGAGGAGCAGAUCGAUGCGGUAGCGCAGCCCCAGGUUAUUCCGGUGGAGAGAAUAGAAGCGGAGAGCAAACAACCGCUGAAUGUCAUCGCACCGACAGAGGAGACUGUGGGCAAGGCUCCGUUGCCAGCUGGAGAGGUGUUACCGCCAGAAGCUGCAGAAUUCGCUGACGCUACUCCGGCGAAGAAAGAGGGUUCCGAACCUUCUCUAGCGACUCCGAAAGGUCCCGCAAACACGUGGGAGGCAUAUCAAGAGGCCUUCCGAGAUCUCUUCAGCGAACGCAUGGUUCAGCUAAGGAAGGUCGAUGUGACCAACACGGCCCUCCAGGGAGCAGCAACUGGCGUGGCCGUGAUGGGCCUUUUGUUCGUCCUGGUGCGGCCGAAGUAA